GAAGCAAAGAUACAUGGUUUUAUAUACCGUCAUUUGUCACGUAGUCGAAGCUAUUUAUAGUCAUGUGACAAAUGAACCAUAUUAAAAGGGCAAGAAGGUUAACUUUGAUGGCAUUGAUUUGCAAAUCGAAAUAUAUUAACACAAUAUCAUAUGCAAAGUAGAAAAAGGAAAGAGAGAGCUUCAGCUAGCUCGUAUUUACAAUUAUUUCAAGUUCAAAACAAGAUCUGUUCAGAUCUGUUUCCCAAUGUUURGUCAUGAGUUCUUCUUGUGUUUGUUGGGAAUCACUAUUGGAAUACUUCCGCUUAUCGAUGGAGCUGUGAGAUUUACUCAAGUCCCACCAUCUAUCUUGUAUGUGCCUAUUGGCGGAACUGCAAAGUUUGUCUGGGAUUACCAUGUCGAUGACCGAGACAGAGAGUUUUUUACAACGUCCCCAGAAUGGUAUUACAGUAACAAUAUUAACAAGACUCGCAUUGCUGCUGAUGCCUUAAAUUUUAUAAGUGGAAAACUUCAAUGGGGGUGGUAUAUAUCACCAUCAUGUCCAGGAAGACUGAGACAUCGACUCAGCAAGGAAUCUGUUGCUACUCUAGUCAUCUCAAAUGUGACUAAACACGAUAAUGGGAAAUAUUCGUGUUUGCUGGUUUUAAAUUCGGGACAGAACCCAAGAAGAACAACACAGCUGAUAGUAACAGUGCCCAUAUCCAGUCCUGGUCUACUAACAAGAGAGGUUGGACAAGAUGUGGUGUUCAUGUUUAAUGCUACCAACAUAGAGGUAGUCAACUGGGGAAUACGAGAUGGCAACACUAACAAUCUGAAACAAGGACUUAUCAACUACAAUAUAGCAGAUGGAAUACAGUUAGAUAAAAAGAUCAAUUCAACGAGUUACGCAGGAAGAGUCAGUUUUGUUGGUGAUAUGUCAAAGGGUCAGGCUUGGUUCAAGAUCACAAACCUUAACAUCAAUGACACCAAUCAGUACAUGGCACUGAUUGCAACACAGGGAGCAUCAGCACCUCAACCUGUACCAGUACAGUUAACUGUGACACAACCCGCACCAACUAAAAAACCUAUCCGGACUUCAACCACGGCAAUCACAUCAUUUGUAUCAAGCACAAUAUCGUCAAUUGCACCGAGGAACAUAACGUCAAGUGCACCGAGGAAUAUAACUUCGACAACACACUCUCUACCCGGAACGAGUAUUACUGAGAAUCAAUCAAAGCCUAAUGGAACAUGUACCUCAAUCAUCGCAGCAUGUGUCACUAUCAUCGUUAUUCUUGUUGUUGUCGUCGUGGUCUUAAUCGUCUACAUUUGGAAAGGAAAAGAAAAAUCAGCAAGGAAAAGAAGUCUGUCAAGUAUUAAAGGGGAGAACCUUGAGGCUUACGAGAAUGCUAAUCAGAUGGACGACGCCAAUAUCCAUAAAUCAGCCAAGCCAAGAAUUGCCGAAAAGGAAAUUUAUGAAACAAUUUGUGAAAAAAAAGAUGAAGGUGCCAACACUGAACUCGCUCACCAUGGUAUUGGUGCUUUGGCUGUAAAUGAGAUGACUACGAUUAACUCCUCAGCCCCCAUUGCACGUGGUCAAGACCCCGCGCAUUCAUUGCCACAACAUUACCAAGGUCUCUCAAAUGUAGCAAGAACCCGACAGAUGCCAUUAUACGAGCCUCUCAAUAAACGCAACACUAGGCAGAGCACUGAUGCGGCUGAUAAUCCUAGAACAUACGAACAACUGCAGCAGAAUUUGACAAGACGAGAGUACCAGUCGUUGCAAAUCACUCCAAACAAAGGAGAAAGCAAAGUGUAGUAUUUGUUUUCUUUGUCCCGAAUCAAAAGUAUUAAAAAGGGUUGCUUACGUGUUCAAUGUUGGCAAUUGAAGUA